AAUGCCGAGCAAAAGAGAAAACAAAAACACUCGAAAAUAUUAACAAUUUUUGCCAACGCGCCUGCAAUUAAAUGUUACGGUAACAAGCAAUUAACCCAACAAAAGUGAAUGCGUCUAAAACUACGAAAGCAUAACGGUGCGAAAAUGCAAUAAAGUAAUUUCGCAUUUGCCGGCGUCAACUGAACCAAUAAAAUACCGAUAUAGGCAAAGGCGAAAUACAAGCACACAACGCAGUUGUAAAACAUAGCAGGACCAGAGCACCCAAAAGACCGUGGGAGCCGCGGCCGCCACCAGAAAGAGAGAGGAAAGCCCGUAUUAGAGUCGGCGCACUCUUAACACCGUCCACAUACACACAGAUACAAAACCAAAGAGAGAGGGAGCACUGUUGGGGCUGUUGGGGACGGUCUUGGCUGCGCCGGAUGGCGACGCAUGUUUCAGAUUGCCGAGAGCCAGCAAACGCGUCGAGUGUGCUUUUUAGCGAUGUGCGGGUAAAACAAUAGAGGCGACAACAACACAUACAACACAGCAAAAAAGUAACCCAAGACAUCAUCAAGUGAGGGAGAGAGAGAGAGAGAGCGAGAGGAGGUCGUCUCAUAUCAUAUACGCUGCCACCGCCGCCGCCCACCCAACCGACCGACCGACUGACCGAAGUGUAUGCUCGUCAUUGCCGCUGCCUCUGCCUGCUGCUGCUGCCGUCGUCGACUGCGGCGACGAGAAUUCGUACGCAACAAACGAAAAUAAAACAAGCUAAGCAAAAGAGAAAGAACAAAUAACGCCCACCGUACCGCCGCCCGCCCUUCACCUCUCGCAGCGUGCUUGUUGGAAGAAGAAGAGGAAUAGCAGAGAAUUGGAGCUUUGCGCAGAAAUCGAUUUUUUUGCCCAUUUUAAGAGAUUUUUUGUGUGUUUGGGAGCCGGAGCCGGAGCCGAGCCUCUCCCUGUCCUGUCCACCCAAGGCAGCACAGCACGCGUCGCGUUGUCGGUAUUUUUUAGGACUCCCGAAAUAUACUGCAGCCAAGACCGAGCCACUCACACCAGCGCGAAACGUGUUCCACAUGCAAAUGCUGCACUGCUGCUGCAUUUCGUGAAUAAAAUAAAAACAAGAGGAGGGAGGAGUCCUUGCAAGAGUGACGACACGAUCAACAGCGCCCCACACCUUACAUUACCACUGUAAAACAACCGUUCGCCGCGUGCGUGGUCGUGUGCGUGAAGCGAAACAAACACAAAAAAAAAAAAGAGUACUUAAUCUUGUGUGAUUCUUAAACGGAAAAUAGCAACAAAAUAAACGCGAUAUCUGCAACCCGUGUGCCGUGCCGUCGUGAGUCACAAUAAUUAAGAAGCAUUUGUUGUUGCUGCUGUGAAUAGCUUUUUAGCUGCUGCCUGGCAUUGAAGAGGUGCUUGCCAGCGAGCGCGAAAGUUAACGCGAGAGAAGAGGGAGAAGAAGAUAAACAGCAGAGAAAUAAUAAUAUUAAAUAAUAAAACCAGCAGAAAAAGUGCCAGUGAAGUAUAUAACCAACAAAAGUAUAUACUAAGCCAAAAGCAAAACCAAACGAGAGAGAGAUAGAUUGUGGCAAAGGAAAAUCGGUUGUUGCGGUCACGAAAAUCAACGGAAAAUCAAUAAAAGGUCUACCCCUCCCUUCCGUCGUAGGCAGUGGAAAAACGUGCAAACAAGUUGAGCCACACAGAAAGAAAAGUAAAAAAAAAACGCUGCAAAAAUAUAUAUAUAUAAAGAGAAGCAAAAAGUAAAACUCCGCGCGCGUGUAUACGUUUGCGCGUAUGUGUGUGACCGCGUGUGAGCUUGUGUUCAUGUGUGCAUGUGCCUGUGUGUGUGCGUUAACGUCUAACUGCUAAUCGUAGUCGUCGACGCCGCGUAACGAAAAGCUUACGUAAAGCUCUAAAAAACAAAAACAAAAGUAAGCACUGCAACAGUUUUUUUGACACACAAAACAACGAAGAAAACGCAACAAAAAACAGCAACAACAAAAUAAGCAGAAAAGUGAGACAAGCUAGAAGAAGACGAAGAUAAACAACGUAAACGUAAAAGCAAAAGCAAAAGCAAAAUGACAAAAGAUAGAUUAGCAGCCCUCCAUGCCGCCCAAUCGGACGAUGAGGAGUCGGAAGAUGUGGCAGUCAAUGUGGAUGGACAUGACUCCUAUAUGGAUGAUUUCUUCUCACAAGUGGAGGAGAUACGCGGCAUGAUCGACAAGGUGCAGGACAAUGUCGAGGAGGUGAAGAAGAAGCAUUCGGCCAUACUGUCGGCCCCACAAACCGACGAGAAGACCAAACAGGAGCUCGAGGAUCUGAUGGCCGAUAUCAAGAAGAACGCGAAUCGCGUCAGAGGCAAACUCAAGGGCAUCGAACAGAAUAUCGAACAGGAGGAGCAACAGAAUAAAUCAACGGCAGAUUUGCGUAUCCGCAAAACCCAACAUUCGACGCUGUCUAGGAAAUUUGUGGAAGUCAUGACGGAAUAUAAUCGCACCCAGACCGACUAUCGGGAGCGUUGCAAGGGGAGAAUACAGCGUCAGCUGGAGAUCACCGGUCGUCCCACCAACGACGAUGAGCUGGAGAAGAUGCUGGAGGAGGGUAACUCAUCGGUGUUCACCCAGGGCAUCAUUAUGGAGACGCAGCAGGCGAAACAGACGCUGGCGGAUAUCGAGGCACGGCAUCAAGACAUCAUGAAGCUGGAGACAUCGAUCAAGGAGCUGCACGACAUGUUCAUGGAUAUGGCCAUGCUGGUGGAGUCGCAGGGCGAGAUGAUAGAUCGCAUUGAGUACCAUGUGGAGCAUGCUAUGGACUAUGUGCAGACGGCAACUCAGGAUACCAAGAAGGCGCUUAAAUACCAAAGUAAAGCGCGACGAAAGAAGAUCAUGAUACUGAUAUGCCUCACUGUAUUGGGCAUCUUAGCGGCCUCAUAUGUUAGCAGUUAUUUCAUUAUCCAAGCAAGCAAAUAGAGCGGCAUGCAAAAUCCCACAUACUAUAUCCAUGCUAUAAUCUAUAACUGUAGAAAACCAAUGCAAGAAAAAUGCUACUACUAUAAAUAUAUAUAUUUUAAUGUCAUUUGUAAUGUGAGUUAUGUGAUGAAUGAUUUAGGGAUAACACACGAAAAAAAGAGAAAUAUGUUUUCGUUUUUAAGUAGGAAAUAAAAUUCAAUGCACCAGAGAAAAAAGUAACCACACGAAAGAAAAUCAACCGAAAAAUGCACCAGAUAGAAAACAACCUCCCUAAAAAAUCAACAGAAAAAGGUUUAAAAUGGUCAAAAUGCUUGCACGUUUAUUUUUUGUUUCGCUUUCAACUUUUGCAACGAAAGAUAGAGAAUGCAACAACAAAAACCGCACCUGCAACAAACAACAAUCAGCACUUAAAAAAAUAAAACACCUAAUCGCGUUACAGUGGAAAAAAAAACAAAGAAACAAUAAAAUUAUUAAUCGUAUUAUGUCAAUCAAUCAAACUGCCAUUCAAAAUGCAAUCAAAAACAACAACAAAAAGAGAAAGCCCCUGAAAAACGCGACUCCGCUGCCCGCGAAAAGCCUUGCCGAGCCGCCGCCAGUGUUUCCACCAUCCCAGCAGCCAUCGACUACCCAGCCUCCAGUUUCCAGUCACGAGUUCUUGAUUCCAGCCUUCCAGUCGAAACAAACAACAACAAAAAUAACAAACAGCUGCAUUGCUUCAUUCCCUAGAGUUGAG